AUGGCCCCGAAUCCCGCUUCCAUAAGCAGCCUGCUACGACAGACCAUAUACUACCACCUGGACCAUGCCUCCUUCGAGAACGCCCUGUUCUUCUCCGAGCGAUACGUUGCCCAAGACCCCAAGUCCAACGAAGCUGCCCACCUCCUGGCCCUGAGCCACCUACGACUCCGCGACUUCCGAUCCGCAUAUGAUGUGUCCAAGCCGGCGGGCUACCGCGCCGUUCACCUCGGCUGCGCCUGGACCUUUGCCCAGGCCUGUCUCGCCUUGGAGAGAUAUCGAGACGGUGUAACGGCCCUCGAGAAGUCGAAACCCCUGUGGAACCAGCGAAAUAAUCUGGGAAAGCACUCGCCUACCGCACGAUCGCCGACCCCCGAUGCGUCAUCGCUCUAUUGUCUUCUGGGAAAGCUGUACCGCGGGAAUGAGGACAAGAAGAAGGCCAUUAGCUGCUUUGAGGAGGCCCUUAAGAUGAACCCCUUUCUGUGGGAUGCCUUUACAGCUCUCUGCGACAUGGGUGUCACAGUUCGUGUGCCCAACAUAUUCAAAUGCUCCGACCAGCUGAUGCAAGGUCUCAACUUGGAUAACGCCAGUUCCUUGGAAUCUACCACUACCACCAGCACGUCGGACUUGACGGUCAAGAAGUCCUUGUCACGGCUGGCAAAUGGGGAAUGGACCGCCGACCCCUUUGGAAGCUCUACCAACUCCGACGUCAUGGUGACCGACAUCGACAUGGCUAGCGAACCAACACAGUCCGAUUUUAUGUCCAAGAUUCAGGCGGCUAGGUUGAAAUACGCCGCGAACUCGACAAACGGCCAGACGAACGGAGAUAUUGCUGAGACGCCCACGACUUCAAGUCUCCAUGAAGUCCCUGCUGCUACUCGCCACAUCGCGCAGCACGAGCCACCUCAAGCGCCGCAUCGUCGUGUACGCACCGCGCAAGCGAUGGAUUCUGGCAUGGAAGCGCCGCCUCGCAUGAACUAUAGGUUGGGGGCGAGGAAAGCUGCAACCAGGGAGAAGGAUAGGGAUGACCACGCGCAAAAGUCCAUGGGGGACUUGGUGUACCAAGAGUCGGAGGGCGCCAGUGACCGGCCGCGAAUCGCCGCGCCGUCGGUUGUAGAGCGGAAGAGAACAGUGUCUGGCCAUCCCGUACCAAGGUCGACAAACUCAGAGGAAUCAGGCACUCGACGAAGCGCCAGAUUAAACACCUUCAAGCCCUCUUCGCUGGCCAAUUCCGGCGCGGUGACCAUAGGAGGAGCCGCGGGCCGUGAGUUGAAGAAGGCUAGGCCCCACGUUUCUCGCAUUGUCCGACCAGGCUCGAGCGGUUCCAACGUUGGUAGAGUAGUCAGUGGAAACCGCAAGCCUAUCCUGGACCACAGAGCCGGUGACAAUGAUCACGGCGAGACGGCAAGGACCAGAGAGGUUGCCCCUCAACCGGUCCCCUCGAAGUCGGUCGAGGCUGAUAAUCAAGCCAAGGUCGAGGAGGCCCUACGAUGGGUCUUGGACUUGAUGAAGAAGCUCGGCCACGGGUAUUAUCAUCUGUCGCGAUUUCAGUGCGAUGAUGCCCUGCAGGCCCUGAGCUCUCUACCCGCAGUCCACCAGUCCACACCUUACGUGCUUGCGCUUAUGGGGCGGGCACAUUUCGAGCAGGCUGCAUAUCCCGAGGCUGAGAAGUUCUUUAGAAAAAUGCGUGUGCAAGCACCAUCGCGCCUUGAGGAUAUGGAGGUGUACUCGACUAUUUUAUGGCACCUAAAACGAGAAACUGACCUUUCGUUCCUGGCGCAUGAACUCAUUGAUGCCGCAUGGAACUCCCCACAAGCUUGGUGCGCUCUGGGCAAUGCAUGGUCGCUUGCCCGGGAUCCUGAGCAGGCCUUGCGCUGCUUCAAACGGGCUACUCAGCUAGACCCCAAGUUUGCCUAUGCCUUUACUUUGCAAGGCCACGAGCACGUGGCAAAUGAGGAGUACGACAAGGCUCUGACGGCGUAUCGACAGGCUAUCGCAGCUGACCGCCGUCACUACAAUGCAUACUAUGGCAUUGGAAGGGUGCAGGAACGCCUCGGAGCUUAUGACAAGGCCUAUGCUCAUUUCCAUGCCGCCUCCACGAUUAACCCCAACAACGCAGUGCUCAUCUGCUGUAUCGGGACAGUGUUGGAGAGGCAGAACCAGAUCGUCCCGGCGCUGCAGGCAUACACUAAGGCCGCGGAGCUUGCACCCCGGGCGGCGCAAACACGGUUCAAGAAGGCUCGUGGGCUCUUGGCCCUGGGCCACAUCGACGCUGCACACAAGGAGCUCAUGAUACUCAAGGAUUUGGCUCCGGAUGAAGGAACUGUUCAUUUCUUGUUGGGCACAUUGUACAGAACAGUGAACGACAAGGCUGAGGCCACCAGACACUUCACCAUUGCUCUAGCUCUGGAUCCAAAGGCCGGGCCCAAAAUCAAAGAAGCUAUCGAGGCUUUCGAAGAUGAUGUACAGAUGGAUGAUUCUAUGAUGGAAUAA